CCACUGGCCUUCGUCCAGGCAGGCGUGUGCAAGCCACAGAAUCAUGAGGACACUCGAAGACUCCUCCGGGACAGUUCUGCACCGCCUCAUCCAGGAGCAGCUGCGCUACGGCAACCUGACGGAGACGCGCACGCUGCUGGCCAUCCAGCAGCAGGCCCUGAGGGGUGGGGCCGGGGCUGGAGGCCCGGGGAGCCCCCAGGCUUCCCUGGACAUCUUGGCACCUGAGGACAGUCAGGUGCUGCAACAGGCCACGAGGCAGGAGCCUCAGGGCCAGGAGCAUCAGGGUGGUGAGAGCCACCUGGCGGAGAGCACCCUCCACCGGCUGUGCCCACAGCCCAGCAAGGGCGAGGAGUUGCCCACCUAUGAAGAGGCCAAGGCCCAUUCACAGUACUACGCGGCCCAGCAGGCAGCGCCCCGGGAUCCCCGCGGUGCCCCAGGAGGCGGCAGGCGGCAGGAUGAGGCCCUGCGGGAGCUGAGGCACGGUCAUGUGCGCUCGCUGAGUGAACGGCUCCUGCAGCUGUCGCUGGAGAGGAACGGUGCCCGCGUCCCCAGCCACAUGAGCUCCUCGCACAGCUUCCCGCAGCUGGCCCGCAGCCAGCAGGGGAUCCCAGCCAGGGCCCCCCUUCCUGAGGGCCCCGAGCCCCGCGGGCCUCCCCCUCAGUACCCGCACCACGUCGUGUUAGCUCACGAGACUGCCACUGCCGUGGCUGAGCCUCGAUACCGCGCCCGUGGCAGCCCACACCUGCAGCACGCCGAAGUCAGGAUCCUGCAGGCCCAGGUACCGCCCGUGUUCCUCCAGCAGCAGUACCAGUACCUACAGCAGGCCCAGGAGCACACCCCGCCCCCACACCUCACCACUCUCAGCCAUGGCCCCCCUGGCGGGCUGGAGGGGCCGCCAAGUGCCCAGGCCUCCUCGGGAAGCGCCCACCUGGCCCAGAUGGAGAGUGUGUUGCGAGAGAAUGCCAGGCUGCAGAGGGACAACGAGCAGCUGCAGCGAGAGUUGGAGAACUCGGCUGAGAAGGCUGCCCGGAUUGAGAAGCUGGAGAGUGAAAUCCAGAGGCUGUCCGAAGCCCACGAGAGCCUGACCAGGGCCUCCUCCAAGCGGGAGGCCCUGGAGAAGACCAUGCGCAACAAGAUGGACAGCGAAAUGAGGAGGCUGCAGGACUUCAACCGGGACCUGAGAGAGAGAUUGGAAUCUGCCAACCGUCGCCUCGCCAGCAGGACCCAGGAGGCCCAGGCGGGCAGUCAGGACAUGGUGGCCAAGCUGCUUGCUCAGAGCUACGAGCAGCAACAAGAACAGGAGAAGGCGGAGCGGGAGACAGCGCUGCUGCGCGGCGCCAUGGAGGACCAGCGGCGGCGGGCGGAGCUGCUGGAGCAGGCGCUGGGCAACGCUCAGGCCCGGGCGGCCCGCGCUGAGGAGGAGCUGCGCAAGAAGCAGGCGUACGUGGACAAGGUGGAGCGACUGCAGCAGGCGCUGGGGCAGCUGCAGGCGGCCUGCGAGAAGCGCGAGCAGCUGGAGCUGCGGCUGCGCACACGCCUGGAGCAGGAACUCAAGGCCCUGCGCGCGCAGCAGAGACAAGCAGGCACCUCCGGCAGUGGCAAUGGUGGCACUGGGGCCCAGGAGCUCAGUGCCCUGCGGCUGUCGGAGCAGCUGCGGGAGAAAGAGGAGCAGAUCUUGGCACUGGAGGCCGACAUGACCAAGUGGGAACAGAAGUUUCUGGAGGAGAGGGCUAUGAGGCAAUUUGCCAUGGACGCAGCUGCUACGGCCGCCGCCCAGCGCGAUACCACUCUCAUCCGGCACUCCCCCCAGCCCUCACCCAGCAGCAGCUUCAACGAGGGCCUGCUCGCCGGCGGCCACAGGCACCAGGAGAUGGAAAGCAGGUUGAAAGUGCUCCACGCCCAGAUCCUGGAGAAGGACGCUGUCAUCAAAGUCCUGCAGCAGCGCUCCAGGAAAGAGCCCGGCAAGGCCACCCCGGGUUCCCUGCGGCCUGCCAAGUCAGUGCCAUCCAUCUUUGCAGCUGCGGCCAUGGGGACCAUGGGCUGGCCAGGGCUCUCGCCUAGUGAGCAGCCAGCAGAUGCCCCCGCCAGGCUGGCUACAGCAGAUAGGCCAGCCGUGGAGGAGCUGGUGGCUGCCUCUCCCCUCCCUACCCACGCCAAACAUGGGAGCAAGGAUGGGUGCACCCAGACGGACAGCCUGCCGGACAGCACCCCUGCCUGCCCGACACCGGAACCUGACAGCCUGGUGGGGUGCGGCAGCGGCCAGAGGGCAGCCUCUUUAGACACCGUGGCUGCAUCCAGAGGUCAGGACCUGUGUGACAUGGUCGAGAUACUGAUCUGAAGGAAGUGGUGCCUCGGGGGACCCUGAGCCGCGUCCCCCACCCCUCCUCUGCUUUCUGCGGUUCUCACCAUUCCAGCAGCCCCCCACUACGGCUCCCCGCCAGCCGUCAUCUGCCUGCACCCGGACAGAUCUGAGAGUGUGAGCAUCCAGGAGGACCUCAAGGCCCCAGGAGGACGGUGAGCCAGCCCUGCCCUGCUGCCCCAGGCUUGCUGCUGGGCUGGGGCAGCAAUGGAAAACUCCGAAGGCAAGCUAAGUCUUCCUCUAGCAAGACUGGCACUCCUGCAGGAUCAGGAGGGCAGAGGUUGGUUUGGGAAGCUGAUUUCAAGGUGGCUGCCUAGAGACACCCAGAGGAAACCGCAUCGAUGGUGAAGUCAGCCCUGUCAAGCUCUGGCCCCAGCCGACCUCCUCUGCCCUUGGUUCCUCACACUUCCCUGGGAUGGCUCAGACUUGAACCUUUGAGGGAACCCUUGAGCCUGAGCCUUAUGGAAGCCGCAGUGUGUGGCCUGGAGGGGAGGCGGUCCACAACAGUAGGCCAAGGGCCAGUGUGCAGACUGUGAGAUCUCACCCUUGGAGCAGAGAGCACCUCCGUGGGUCCCACUGCGCUCGGCUGCCUUGGUGGCCACUGUUCCCAAACCCUGGCUGUUCUCGGGGGUCUUUCCUCUGCUCAAGUUCGUAACCCACGGAUUUCUGAUUUGUGCCGCCUCUUCCUCCUCCUCUGCCUUGAGGCUGCUCUCCAGCGGCUGUGGGCUGCCUGUCGCCGGCUGCCUGUGCGGAGACAUGCCAGGAGCUCGGCUGUAAACACUGAGCCAGGUGGAAGGGCCACCGCCUGCGCCAGGCCAUCGGCUGCCAUGCCCUCACCUGAACCAUGCGCCUCCAAGCUCUCCCAGGCCCCGGGAGAGGCUAGGAGAGACUGUCUCGUCCCCCGACCUGGGAGUGGGAGCAGGAGUGAUUGGAAACUAGUUGAGAGCUGUGACUCCAAGAAUCCUCGGAAUGGAGUCUCCUGUCACGAAAUGGCACCCAUGAGGCUGGCUCCUCCAGCUAUGGCCAGCCCCCUGUGGACUUUGGGGGGCAGCGCCCCCCUGGGGGGGCCAACCAGCGGGAACAGUGACCGAAGCCCUGAGCAGUGGGUGUGUGUUAGCAGUUCUGUCUUGUACUGUUUUGACUUCUUGAAUCUUUGUUUAUUUCCUUUGCUGUUUUUAAGUCCUAUAUAUGUUUUAUCUCCAUGGCUCCUUGAGUUUCCUUUUUUAAACAUUUGCAUUUGCUGGACAAUUGCAUAUUUUUUUAAACUUCCCUACCCUUCUGUUGAAAGCUGAAAACUGCAUUUGGUUCAUGUGCAUUGUUUACAAAG